AUGAGCAUCCCUCUUGUGCUGCUGUCUAUCAUCCUCUUCUCAGGAUUUGAAAGCCAGGCCUUGCCAUAUGAUUACACAGCCAGCAUCGAGUGUCUAGAAAACCCUCAAAAACCGCUGUACAAUGGUGGAAUCAUCAAAAACCCAGAAUUGAAUGAAGGGCUGGAAGGCUGGACUGCAAUUGGAGAUGCCAAAAUACAACAAAGAAAAUCAAGAGGCAACAAAUUUAUUGUGGCCCAUAACAGAAAUAACCCAAAUGAUAGCGUCUCCCAGAAGAUUCACAUGAGAAAGAAUAGUCUCUAUUCAUUAUCUGCUUGGAUCCAAGUGAGUCAGGGACAUGCUACAGUUUCAGCAGUUUUGAAAACAAGGGAAGGGCUCAAAUAUGGUGGAGCCAUUGUUGCAGAGUCUAAUUGCUGGUCCAUGCUCAAGGGUGGUCUCACAGCUGAUACUUCAGGACCUGCUGAGCUUUAUUUUGAGAGCGAUGACACUUCUGUGGAGAUAUCGGUUGAUAGCAUUUCCUUACAGCCUUUUACACAUAAACAAUGGAGACUUCAUCAAGAGCAAAGCAUUGAGAAGAAACACAAGAAAAAGGUAUUAAUCCAAGCAAUUGAUGGAAGAGGCAAUCCCUUACCAAAUGCAAGCAUAAUCUUUGAACAGAAGAGGUCUAAUUUUCCAUUUGGCUGUGCCAUGAACAAGCACAUCCUGGAUAGUACUGCAUACCAAAACUGGUUCACUUCAAGGUUCACAGUUACUACAUUUGUAAACGAAAUGAAGUGGUACAGUACUGAAAGUGUACAAGGCAAAGAGGACUACUCCAUUGCUGAUGCAAUGUUGAACUUUGCCAAUCAGCACAAGAUUUCUGUUCGUGGUCACAAUGUAUUUUGGGAUGACCCUAAAUACCAACCUAGUUGGGUGCCUUCACUUCCACCAGACCAGCUUAGCAUAGCAGUUCAGAAAAGGCUUAACUCGGUUGUGUCGCGAUACAAGGGUCAACUUGUUGCUUGGGAUGUGGUUAAUGAAAAUAUGCACUUUUCAUUUCUAGAAAGCAAAUUUGGAAACGAUGCUUCAGCCAAAAUUUAUCAUGAUGCUCACAACAUUGAUGGACAGCCCACUUUGUUUCUGAAUGAAUUUAAUACCAUUGAGGACAGUAGAGAUGGUGUAUCAGACCCAGCAAAGUACUUGGAGAAGCUCAGAGAGAUUAAGGGAUAUCCUGGUUAUACUGGAUGGCCAAUUGGAAUUGGGCUUGAGUCCCAUUUCAGUAUUCCUCCUAAUCUUCCUUACAUGAGAUCAUCUAUUGAUACUCUUGCUGCUAGUGGCUCACCGCUUUGGCUUACAGAAGUGGAAGUCAAAAACAUGCCAAACCAAGCAGACUACCUGGAGCAAGUUCUGAGAGAGGCACACUCCCACCCACAUAUUCAGGGCAUUGUUCUGUGGACAGCUUGGAAAGAGUGUGGAAUGUGUUUGAUUGAUGAGAAUUUCAAGAACUUGCCCUGCGGAGAUGUUGUGGAUAAGCUUUUUCAUGAGUGGGGAUUUACACAAGCACUGGAAGCCACAACAGACUCCAAUGGAUUUCUUGAGGCUACACUUUUUCAUGGUCAUUACCAACUCAACAUCACUCACCCUCUCAGCAACCUCACUUCAUCUCACAACUUGCAUGUGAUGCCAGUGGACGAACCAAACAAAGUGUCGCAAGUUAUACAACUUUCUAUAUGA